CCAAAACCUGCUUUACACUUUAGCUACCCACAUUACUUCACUGCACUGAUAUAGAGCACCACUUUCCACACAAUACUUACACACUCGUCUUCUUGGCAUUAGUGAUACUUUAUUGCACAAUUAUCAUGUCUAUCCUAGUGUAUUACACCAGCGUCAGCAGCUCAAGAGAGGUGAAGAAGCAGCAGAGCAAGAUCUUCUCAUACCUGGACUCUAAGAAGAUCGCAUACAAGACCCUGGACAUCUCCCAGAGUUCUGAAAUCAAGGACGAGAUGAGGAAGAAGACCGGAGACCCGACUUCCCUGCCCCCGCAGAUCUUUCAUGGAGACACCUACUGUGGGGACUACAGUAUGUUUGACACUGCACUGGAAGAUGAGACAGUAGAGGCUUUCCUCAAGCUCUAACCAAGAAAAGAAAACCGCUCACCAACAUUGUCUUAUUUGAAAUGUUUGUUUUAUAAAUGAAAAAAACACAAUACAUAUUAAGCAAUAAAUACAUGUCUUUCCAA